AUGGAGGAAAAUAAGGUUCUUUUGAUGGAAAUUCUUGAAGCAAUGUUUGAACAUCCACACCGGUGUGCUUAUGUUUCAACAUAUGAUGCAUUGAAUGUUAGAGAAACAACAUAUGCGCACUUACUUCCCAAGGAUGAGGAGGCAUUUGAGCAUUACAAUGCUUUUUCUGCUAAGCGACUUGAUGAGGCAAACAAAAUUGGCAAAAUAAAUCUUGCUGCUACUGGAAAGGAUCUUAUGGAUGAUGAGAAACAAGGGGAUGUGACAAUAGAUCUUUUUGCGGCUGUAGACUUGGAAACUGAUGCGGCUGCUGAACGAUCUUCAGAGCUUGAAAAUAACCAAACCCUGGGUUUGCUCACUGGUUUUCUGUUGGUGGAUGACUGGUAA